AUGUCAGCAGAUCUUGAAGAUGAGGGGAAAGGCGCAGCAAAGUUUUUCCUUCAAGAAAUACGCGGUAUAAAUUCUCAGUCGUUUGAGAACGAUGGAGACCGAAUGAAAGCUCUACUGGAGGUAUACGCGUUGAUGGCACGACUGGAAUCGCCAUGGGAAACGUUAGUGAGGCUGUGCAUGAUCCAGCCUGCGCUUGGGGCUGCUCUGAAAAUUUGCAAGGACUUACAGCUAUUUGAGAAAUGGUCAAAAAAAGGCGCAGUAGCCAUGACGAGUGAACAACUCGCAGGAGUCGUUGGGGGAUCUUGCGAGUCGGGCCUGCUUUACCGACUGUUGCGCCUUCUGGCCUCGAAUCAUCUGAUCGAGGAGACCUCCAUGGGAUCCUUCAAACAGACGCAUUUCAGUUCAGCGAUCACCACGCCAGUUUUCGAUGGACUGAUUCACAGCUUCAACGAUGUGAACCUCCCUCUUUUUGCUAAGAUGGCAGAUUUCUUUGCGGAGACUGGGUACAAGAACCCACAAGACUCAGAGCAGACGGUUUUUCAGUAUGCUCACGGAUGGAACGGCAACCUUUGGUCAUACUACGAGGCACACCCAGAGAAGCAGCAGCAGUUCAACGUCAUACAACAGACAAUAUCUGCACAACAGCCUGCAUGGACAGAUAUAUUCCCUGUUCAUACCCUGCUCGAAGUAGACCCCGGUCUUCCAUUGCUUGUGGAUGUGGGUGGAAGUACCGGCCACGAUCUUCUCAAAUUCUACAAGGCACAUCCGGAGACAGCCUCACUCUUAUACCUCGAGGACCUAGAGUCAGUGAUUCAAAGCGCUGAACUGCCAGAGAGCAUCAACAAAAUUGCUUACGACUUCUUCAGUCCGCAACCGGUAAUGGGUGCCCGAGCGUACUUCAUGCACUCCAUCCUACACGACUGGUCUGAUGAAUCAGCCCGAACGAUUCUUACGAUGCAGAGAAAUGCUAUGAAACCAGGCUUCAGCAAGCUUCUUAUACAUGACCAUGUUGUGCCAGAAAGCCUUGCUCAUCCACAAGCCACCGCAUUCGAUUUCCAGAUGAUGGCAAUGGUGGCUGGCCAGGAGCGGUCGGAAGGGCACUGGCGAGCCUUGCUUGAGUCGGUCGGUCUACGGGUUGUCCGGAUCUGGACCCUGGAAUCUGCAGUCCACAGUAUCAUAGAGGCUGAAGCUACGAUCUAG